AACCCUUCGUCGUUUUCCACUUUCCCACCAACCCCCGAUUUUUUUCUGUAUUUACCUGCUUUUAUUUUUAUGUGACUUUGAGAGGCCAGUGUCCGACAGAAGGCCAAUUCCCGUGCUUUUGCUUCAUAAUUCUCUUCAUCCAAAUGGCAAAUUCUUUGCAUUCGUCAACAAGCAUUUCCAGUGUUGGUUUCAGCUCUCAAUUUCUGGGAUCAAAUUUGGGUUCCAAGGCCUCCGUUUCCGUUUCAUUCCCUUCUUCUCAUACCAAUUACUCCCUCAAAUCUGUUGAGACAUUGAGACAACAGUCAUCUAGAAUAAGUGCAAUGUCGAAGGUAGAGAAUAACAGCUUUGAGCAAGUGAAAGUUGAUAUCUCUCUGAGCCCCAGAGUUAAUUCUGUGAAGCCUUCAAAGACUGUGGCUAUAACUGAUCAUGCAACUGCUCUUGCACAAGCUGGUAUCCCUGUUAUUCGGUUGGCAGCUGGAGAGCCUGAUUUUGAUACACCAGCUGUUAUAGCAGAGGCCGGGAUAAAUGCAAUUCGUGAAGGUUACACAAGGUACACUCCCAAUGCAGGUACUUUGGAACUUCGCACGGCAAUUUGCCACAAGCUAAAAGAGGAGAGUGGAAUCUCUUAUACACCUGAUCAAAUUUUGGUCAGUAAUGGUGCUAAGAAGAGUAUCAUUCAAGCGGUGCUUGCAGUUUGUUCUCCUGGGGAUGAGGUAAUAAUUCCAGCUCCAUAUUGGGUGAGUUACCCAGAAAUGGCAAGGCUGGCUGAUGCAACACCUGUCAUUCUUCCGACACUUAUUUCUGAAAAUUUCUUAUUGGAUCCAAAGCUGCUGGAGUCUAAAAUCACUGAAAAGUCAAGACUGUUGAUUCUAUGUUCCCCAUCCAACCCAACUGGAUCUGUUUACCCUAAAAAAUUGCUUGAAAGAAUUGCAGAAAUUGUAGCAAAGCAUCCCAGGCUUCUGGUGCUAUCUGAUGAAAUAUACGAACAUAUAAUUUAUGCACCAGCAACUCACACAAGCUUUGCAUCAUUGCCAGGCAUGUGGGAACGGACUCUAACAGUCAAUGGAUUUUCCAAGGCUUUUGCAAUGACUGGUUGGCGACUUGGAUAUAUUGCCGGACCUAAGCACUUUGUUGCAGCAUGUAAUAAAAUCCAGAGUCAGUACACUUCGGGAGCUAGUAGCAUAUCACAAAAAGCAGGAGUUGCCGCAUUAGGCUUGGGCUAUGCUGGUGGGGAAGCAGUUUCUACCAUGGUGAAAGCAUUCAGGGAACGGCGUGAUUUCUUGGUUAAAAGCUUUGGGGAAUUGGAAGGUGUUAAGAUAUCAGAACCUCAGGGAGCUUUCUAUCUCUUCAUUGAUUUCAGUUCUUACUAUGGAAUAGAAGCUGAAGGUUUUGGUAAAAUUGAAAAUUCAGAGUCACUUUGUAGAUACCUACUGGAGAGGGCUCAGGUUGCACUAGUUCCUGGAGAUGCAUUUGGGGAUGAUACCUGCAUUCGCAUAUCAUAUGCAGCAUCCCUUACCACCUUGCAAGCUGCUUUUGAGAGAAUUAAGAAAGCGCUUAUCUCCCUGAGGCCUGCUGUUCCUGUUUAACACAGGUAAAUUAUGGUCAGCAGGUUGUGAUCAUUGUACUUUAUAAUGGGAUUUAAAAUUUUUAUUUUUUUAAUAAGCUUUUUGAAUAAAAUUCUGGGUUUUCUAGGUUAAUUUGUUCUCUUCUAUAAAUUGUCCUGCAUUUUCCUUUCAAAGGCCAAGUCUGCCACAGGUUUGAAAGAGGAAAUAUGACUUUAUUAUGCGCUUGCCGCUCGGAAGAACGUGUCUAAGCGAAAUGAAAUGCUAAAUGCUUUUUCAUUUCUAGCCUUAUAUUUUGGCCCAAUUUGAUAUAUCUGAUUGUAUCUUAUCUGUUUUCUUGUUUAGUUGGGCUUCUUUGCACGAUUGCCCAUUUGUCUUUAAAAAAACAAAGGAUGGGCCUUUUGCAAUGCAAACAAGUAAUUGCCUUUAUUUCCA